AUGAAAAUCAUGAAAAGUUUUGGGGUCGAAUUGAAAAGUAAGGUUAAAGAAGAAGAUGGGACAUGUGAAAUGGUCAAAGGAUUAGAAGAUUUGGGGACCAAAGUUGUCGUGUUUGACCAUUGUUUAAUUUGA